GCAUGAGGGUCUGAGUGUCCGAGACUGGGUGUGAGGGUCUGGGUGUGAGGGUCUGAGUGUCCGAGACUGGGUGUGAGGGUCUGAGUGUCCGAGACUGGGAUUGAGGGUCUGAGUGUCCGGGGCCGGGCGUGAGGGUCUUGGUGUUUGUAAUGUGGCAGGGCGAGGAACUUGGAGUUUGGGAAUAGGUGUGAAAAUAUUGGCACAGGGGUUUGGGUACCUAGGUCUGGGAUUGUGCCUUGUGGAGAUAUCUGAAGGCUUUUGUCUUAGAGACUCCAUUGAUUUCCAGUGAGGGACUGACGUGAGGGGGCCGUGGUAGUUGGGGUGGCUGAGGUGGGUUUGGGUCUAGGGGCCUCCCAUUUACACUCCGUCCACAACCGGGCCUGGCCAGUGGCGGGUUUCAGAAUGGCGGCUCUGCCCCAGUGGAAGGUUCAACUCCUGGAGAGGAAGCGGAGGGACGAGGAAGAGGGCAGGCGCAAAGAGCAGGAAGAGCUGGAGAGACUGGCCAGGAUGCCGGCCUGGAAGAGGGAGAUCAUCGAGAGGAGGCGGGCCAGGCUGUGCUCGGGUUCCUCGCAGUCCGAAAGCCCGGCCGAGGCCCAGGCCAGGCCCAGCGUCCAGGCCGGCCCUGGUGGCAGCGCGGAGGCUGAAGGGAUGGAGCGGCCCUCCGGCCUGGAGCCUGAGGCCUGCGACGCCAAGGCGCAGGAGGACGCGGUCCUGCGGGAGAACAUCGGCCCCCUGCACCAGAACCACUUCAUCCAGCGAGAGAAACAGAGGAAGGAGGCCCCUGAGCUGGAACAGGCCCCUCGCGGCCGCCAAUUGGCCGAGCUGUUCAACCAGGUUACCGGGGCGAAGACCAUCCGGGUGGACAACAUCACCAUCGUCGAGUCCGUCCCUGCCCGCCUAGACAGCCAGGGGGAGCAGGAGGCUCUGAAUGGACUGUCCAGUAAGCCAGGGGCAAAUCAGCUUCACAUCAAAUCCUCCUUGAGCAGGAGUGUGGAGGACCUGAACACCUUCGAGAGAGGCCGGGAGGAGGAGGAGGACGAGGAGGAGGAGGGCGAGGAGGAGGAGGAGGAGGUGGCGGCGACCUCUGGGCGGGGGAGGGUCAGCCGGCUGCUCUUCAAGUUCGGCCAGAGGGGAGGCGCCGGAGCACACCCGCGCCCCACCCGUUCGCGCAGCACCGAGAACAUCAUCGAGCGCCCGUCCCACAGCGGCACCAGGAGCCGGAGCAGCGGGGUUACGGCCCCCCGCCUGGGGCGUAGGCCCCUGGACCGCUCGCCCUCCCCGGCCCCGGUGGCCACCCGUCGGUGCAGCGCGUCGGCGGAGGAGGGGCCCUGCCCGGCGCUGCCGCACACGGUAGCUGCCUUCCGCAGCCGCUUCGAAGCCCGGUUCGCGGAGGCUGGGGUGCCAGGGGCCAAGCGGGCGGAUUCCCCUCACCGCCCCGCCGAGGGGGGGCAGCCCGAUCAGCGGACGGCCGGACUCCCCGUCGAGGAUGCAGCCGGGCCCGGUCGGGGGACCCCAGAGGCCCGCGAUCAAGCCGCGCCGCGCCGGCACCAGGACCGGGGUGAGGCCGGCCACGCUGCCGACCGCCUGCCCGCUGUGCCCGCUGCCGAGCCUGCCAGGGCAGGGCCCCAGGAGCGGCAGGUGGCGAACACCGAAGACACCCCGGCCGGUGAACAGCCGCCGAGGGCCGACCCCAGCCAGAAGUGGAGGCCUCCGGCCCCUGCCAGCCUCGACGACGCCGUGGAAACCAAGCCAGUCCCAGCGGAGGCCCGAGCUGCGACCGAACCGAGGGCCCACCCCAAGAAAUCCUUUGCCACCAUUCCCCGCUGCAGGCAGGACGCUCCACCCGAGCAAGAGGUCGAGGCCCUUGUCUCCUCCGGACCUGGCAACUCAGCAGCCAGCAGCAUCAGCGUUCCAAAACCGCAGCCUGUCAGCACGGCUUCCUCUUCCUGUGGCGAGCAGGCCUCGGUCUGUUUUACUGUUGCAGCUGCUGCUGCUGCCGCUUCCUGCCUUUCUGCUGCACCCGACCAGAGAGGCACAGACAAUGGCUCCCGAGACCAGGAGGCUGAACUAGGCCCGGAGAGGCCACUGCUCCCAGAGUUUCGGCAGGAGCCGCCCGCCGCUGGGGAGGAAGCCGAGGGGGAGCCCAGCAUGAGCAGGCUGUACGGCGUCAAGCCUCCCUCUGUGGGCCCAGCCCGGGCUCCAGCAGCCAGCCCAGAGGAAGUGAGGCUUCCGGCCUACAGUGUCAGAGCCAGUGGCAGUCUAUUCAGCCGAUCGGAGGGGGCAGGUCAGGCCACCCCCACCCCCAGUAACAGUGAACCCCUAGCGCAGCAAAGCAGCCCCGAGACAGAGGCCUCCGAUGGGCAGGUGUGGAAAGCAACCUGGGCUCAAGCAGGGUCGAGAGAAGGCCCGUCAGCGGGAAGUGAAAGCCCACCGGCAACCACCACCAGGGCCGGUCGGCCAGGCCCGCAACGGAAAUCGGGCAAGACAAUAACCAUCAACCCCCGCAAGAUGGCGGCCAACAAGACCCUGCCCACGAGUGCGGUGACGGCAGAGAACGGUGUGGCCCCGUCAGCGGGAACGCAGCCCACUGCCGUGCCUGGGGCUCCGACGAAGAAGCGGUACCCGACGGUUGAGGAGAUCCAGGUGAUUGGCGGCUACCUGAGCCUACAGAGGUCGUGCCUGGUCAAGACGGGUGGCAGCCGGGGAAAGCAGGAACUCCAGUGUGACUUAUUGAAAUCUUCAUUGCAACACGAGAAGAGAUCCUGCCAAAGUUUGAAGAUCUCCUUUAAUGACUGUGAGCUGGAGUCUACAUUCGAGUACCCGUCAGAGCUAACGCUACUGGCUGAGCUAGGCCCAGACAAGGAUGAGGAGCCGGCCCAGGCCCGAGAGCCUGAUGAGGAGGAGGAGGUGGAAGAGAAGGUCCUGGUCCGUCGCCUCGGUGUAGACAAAACAUCUACGGUUAGCACAGCGAUCCGGAGGAAACCACUUAUUGUUGAUGAAAGCUGUAGGUGAUGACACAACCUAAGAGCGCGUUGACACGACUUUUGUCUUUGGAAACUGCCGCCAAAAUCUGCUUUCGCUCCUGUAAGCUGCCGAGGGCCUUGUGACAAGGGAAAGGACAAGCAAACAGUCCUACGCGUUCCUGCAUUUUAUUCAAUGGAACUUUAGCAAAUGACUUUUUUCAAACAAACCGCUGGGCCUCCAGCGGCCUAUUUCCAGCAGACGUUUCUCAGGAUUAAACUGAACUCCAGUAGGCUGUGUAGGCCUCAAGUUACCUUGUCAGGAGAAGACAGACAUUGGGCCUUUACACCCCAGAAGAAAUUUUCAGAUGUUUUAAAAUGUGCGCUGUAAGAGAUUUCCCAUGUUCGCUACCUUUUUAUCGCUUUAUCCGCUGGAUCAUUUGAAUUACUUCAAGAACUCAGGCCACUGGAGGAGGCCAGUUGCCACAGUAACCUACGUGUUUGUGCGCUUUGUGUGUCAGGGGUUGGUAUUCCAAUAACAUUUAUUCCCCUUGUCACCGUGUGUGUAAGCUGAGGCAGCACUGAUAUGUGAUAGGAAGUUCUGAGGGUGCUAAUCGAGAUGUGAGAGGAUAUUUGGCGAAAGGCAUAUAAAUAUAUUCCAGAUUCUUGACGGGAGGGGAGGGAUGGAUUCUACCAAGGCCCAGACUCCAUGGACACUGAUUCAGACAUGAGCAGGCCCCAGGGAUAGUUUCUGAUAGUUGCACUAAACCCAGAGUUAAGAUUGUGAUGUGGGGUUCAGUGCCCUGGAAAUGGAUUCUGACUGGGGUGGGGGAUGGGGAGUGUGCCAGGAACAAAUUAUGAGGGGUUGAGGGAGUGGUGAAUGAUUCUGUCCAGAUUGUUUUUCAUUCUGUUUGUGUUCUUUUUGAGAGAGGUUGGCAUAGAGUUCCAAAUCCCACCAGUCUUGUUGCAAUUCACCAAGAACAGAUCUGACCACUACCUCUGGCCCUUGGAUGUGCCUCACCAGGAGUAUAGGACUGUUUCAUGGUGGGGGGGGGGGGGCAGUUGGCGGGUUUCUGCCCUUCCCACGCAUUGCCCGAAUGCUAAUCCCUUGAACAUACUGAUGCCCAGUCUUAUAAAAAAUAAAAACCAUCUCCCCAUAGAUUUAGUGUAGCACCUUUGUCAUGUGAUUCGAUGGACCUGUUGCUCUGCCUGGGCUGGGGGCUGUACAGAUUUUCUAACGUCCCCUUUGCACAUACAACCAACCCCCUCCUCCCCCGCUUCCAACUGCCCCGUUGGCAGUAGCAUGUACAGGACAGGACGUGAUUUGGUAAAAGCAGUGAGGAGGAGCACCAGGGUCUGGAUUCGGGCAGUGAUUUCUGUUGCUGUUACUGUGGGGCGGGACAAUGCAGAGGUCAACAAACACCAAGAGUUGUGCAAGAAAAAGAGCAUCUCUCACACACGGCAUUCUCCCUGCAGCCCUGGGAUUCUCCCACAAUCAGAGAAUUCUCCCUAAAAAUCACAGAAUUCACUCCGAAAUCAUGGACGUCUCCUUGCCAACAUAGAAUUCUCCCCCAAAAUCAGAAUUUACCCAGAAAUCGCAGGAUUUUCCCUGCAAUCGUAGAAUUCGUCCCAAAACCAUGGAAUUCACUCCAAAAUCACUGGAUUCUUCGAGCGGUCGCAGAAUUCGACCCACAAUCACGAGAUUCUCAACGACAUUGCUGAAUUCACCCCCGCAAUCCAUGAACCUACCCUGAGAUCACUGUUUGUCUCUGGCCCUAAAUCAGCCUUAAAGCCAUUUUGCAACCAUCCUGAGAUCAUCGGAAAAGCAUCCUGGGAUUUCCUCCACAAUUAUCCUCGGCGUCAGACUGGGAGGUGAGAUGGAAUUGUUUGUGGUUAGAAGUCACUGUUAUUUUAUUUGCACUCGAGUUGUGUUCCGAUGUUCCAGCAGUGGCUGCGGAGUUCCUGUCUCCUGGCCCGGGUGUGAAAUCUCUGCAGCUGACCUCGGACAGCAUCACUGGCUGAUGUUACUUUUGUAUCAAAGUCAUGCUCUGAUGGGCUUAACAAGCUGUUGUGUGUGUGUUUUUUUUUAAAAAAAGACUGGCUGGGGGGGCUUCUGAGGCUCCUUUAAGCAUGGGCAGUUUUGUACAAUCUGUAUUGUUUGUUUUUUUAAAAAAUAUAUGAUUUUUUUUGUAUUAGUUCGAUAUAAACGGUUUUAACAUUGCACGCCAGCACUUCAAAUCUCACAUUCUUGCAUCCUUCAAACUGUACGCAUGCCUCAACCUCAAUAAAGUUUUGUAACUGGCA